ACAAAGUCGUAGAGGAAGUUAAGGAUGGAAAAACAUUCUCCUUUGUCAUUGACAACAUUGACUGGGAGGAGCAUGUUCAUGAAAUGCGGUCAGAUAACCAAAACGAGUGUGUGCAUGCCGUAGCAACAUCUAUAGUGUUUGAUCGUGUUUCAUCCAGUCACUUGCCAGAUGAAGAGCCACAGCAGUCCUUAGUUUCCUGUGAUGUUGUCAAAUUAGUCCAGUUAUCGGACAGUGAUAUUGCAGUUCAAAAGCAAGUUUAUAAAUCAAUAGCCGCACAUAUUCUUUGUGAAUACAUCCCAACCUUUAAAUUCCUCAAGGACUUGGUGACUCAUUUUGAUGUACCAAUGCAACAUAAAGUUGAGAUGCAACAAAAGUCCCUUGUUGUGCCCUUCCCUGUCCUGUUUAAAGAUGAAAAGAAGUAUGCGGAAAUUGUGGAUGUGUUGGAUCAGCUGGGAAAAUGCGUCCAUCAAAUUUAUGCCCUGGCAGGCAAAAUUCCACCUGAGAAAGAUAUCUCAAAUGCCCACCAUGUGACCCUUCCGUCAUUACCAUCUACUUCCCAACCUGACCAGCCAUUAUCACAUGUCCACCCUGUUGCUGAUCCGAAUGAUCCCUUAGCAAAGGUGGGAAUGCCAUGUUAUGGUGAUCAGCUCACCCGAGUGCGAAUAGCUGGAGCCAAAGAUUUACGAGCUGGCUGUCAUACUGCAAAGGAUCAGAUCAGUCAUAUUUACCCAAUAAAGCCGGUAUGCAGACCGGCACUGCAAGAAAAGUUUUUUGAAGGUAAUGCAAGCAUUGCAUUUGAAUUGUUAUAA